UUCAGUUGCAUCCGAUUUCCACGACGAAGAACAACGCUUCUGGUUUUUUUAAUUAAUCUAAUUGAAAAUUAAAUCGAUAUUUCAGUAUACCGUGGUGUCUUGUUUGUUUUGUCAUACGCUUUUGACGUUUAUCAUUUGAGAGGUUAUAUUUUCCAAAACAGCCGUCUAAAAUGGUUAUUGAACAUAAAAUUAAAGGAUAUGAAAAUUUCGUUGAAUUCAUCGGUUCAGUAGAUAGCAAAGGAAAGCCUGUUUAUAUUUAUUAUAGUGGUGAUAAGGUGGAUGGUCAAAGUUGGUGUCCAGAUUGUGUAAGAGCUGAACCUGUUGUCAGGGAACAACUAAAACAUGCAGAUCCCGAAUCCCUUUUUGUUUACGUGGAAGUAGGAGACAGAGCAUUUUGGAAAGACCCUCAGUGUCCCUUCAGAAAAGACACCAAGACUAAAUUGAUGCAAGUACCAACUUUAGUUAGAUGGGGCGGUCCACAAAAAUUAGCUGGUGACCAGUGUGAAAAACCAGAACUAGUUGAAAUGUUAUUUACUGAUGAAGAUUGAUUUGAAUCUUCAUGAGAAUUAUAAUUAAGGUCCAUUUUAUCUACAUAUAAGAUUAUACAUGCUUUACUGAAAUUUAAUUAAUAAACAUUUUUUUUUAAGUAACA